AUGCAUUCUAUAGAGCGACUCGUUCGCAUACAUAAUUUACGUUUAGAGCAGCAAAAUGGAUCACAUGAUGCGGCGCUGAUUGAACGAGAUGAGCGCGGUCGACGUUCUGCUACGCGGCUGCUAAUUGCUCAACACGAGAUUGAAGCUCUCCGUCGCGAGCUUCGGAAGGAGAAUGCGAGCGCAGCAGAUUUAAGUGGCCAGAGCUCUCAGAUGCAGAACAGCUUAAGGCAGCUGGAGGCUAACGAAGCAUCGCAAAGAAGGCUCUUAGCCGAAAAAGAUGCCGAGAUUCUAGGCUUGAAGGACAAGCUCCAAUUACUUGAUAACCGCAGCCUUGAAUCCAAGAAGGAGUUACAGGAGAAUGCAAAGCUAAGGGAAGAGCUUGCUCAGUUGUUACCCGAGAUCGAUGAGCUUCAAUCGCAAGUGGCAUCUCACCAAAAUGUUGUUAGCGCCAAAAAGGCUCUUCAAAAACAGGUUAUAGACCUGGAAACACAGCUCACCGAGUCGCAACGGACUAAUCAACAGAAUAAUACCCACAAACAAAGUCUAUCCAGAUUGGAAAAAACUCUGGCUGAAACCGAAAAGCUUCUUAGCAGGGAACGAGCCCGAUUCAGCGAACUCGAAACCAAGAUGAAGCAAACGCAAUCAAGACAAAUGAACACCAAAUCACCAAACCCUAUUGCUAAUCCCAACGCCAGACCCCCGCCAAACUCUGAAAUGUUUGAAGAGAGUGAAGAAGAAGAGCAAGAGGAACAAGAAGGAGCAGACGAGCAAGACAAUCUAGAGAAUGACCAGCUAGUGCGAUCAAAUAGCUCUCACAAGAAGGCGAAAACGAGUGAUACAUUGGUGGACUCAUGGGCUGAUGCCGUUGUUGGAACUCCCGAGAAAGAUGGCGCAACAACGAAGGCAACGACCAAAACGAAAGGUUUUUUGGCCGGUGUAGGACAAAAGUCGAACUUUUCAGUAACACCCUUUCUGAACAAGACGAAUGCCGUUUAUGAAUCGGGCAAUAGCGACUCGUCUGAAGAAGAUAGCGUUACGGAUGUUCGAACAUCAAUGCCAGGCGUGGCAGCAAACAUAAUACCCACGGCCAGAUUGCAACGCAACAGAGUCCAGCACAAGGCUGAAAGAAAGUCAACUGCUUUUCAUGGGAUUAAUCAAUCACGACCAAUUCUGGGCGACUCCAAGUCCUCGGAGCGGAAUAAAGCGAUUGUGUCAGCUGCGCAGAAGGCCCGACCUCAAACCAAGCAGCUGAUACAGUUAAGCACAGAGAUUGAUGGCAAAGAGAACACGCCAUCACCAGUAUCUUUGAAACCUUCAUUACUAAAUAAUCAAGGAGGAGAUGGAAGGAAGAGGAAGAGAAUGGUAUUUGGAGCAGCUAUGCGAGCCGCAGGUGAUGAUGAGGAUGCAGAAUAUCUAGCACAGCCGAUACGAACGGCCAACAAACGAGUACCAAAGAUGAACCUCGGCGGGGCCAUCAGCGUCUUUGCUUCCGACGGCACAUCCUUCUCGCCGCUGAAACGCGAUCGCCGUGGACGAAGCACCAGUUUUCUUGGAUAG